AUGAUAAUUGAUUCUUUAGAGGUAUACCAGACAAAUCUUGACAAUUUCAUAGGCAAAAUUGUUAAAGAUUUGGAAUACAUGCCUAGUGUAUCUGAAUAUACAAAUGUUGCCGCUGCAUGUUUCAAUUUAUCAACUAAAUAUGCCGGUUUUUAUAAAGAAGAGAACUCCAAAAUAGAUAAUCCUUUCAUAAUGUUAAAUAGAUAUAUCGAAAAAUUACUUUUUAAGCAUGAAAAUAAGUCCUAUUCAACUUUAAAUGAUGAAAUGAAGAUUAAAAUCAUUGAAAACGCAUCAAAAAGAAUACACUUACUUCAGAAUUUAUGUUUAUUUGGUGAAACAAUGAACAAAUCCAUCUAUAAAAACAAGAAAUUUGAUGAUAUUCAAUCAAUUUACUCAAGAUUCCUAAUGACAUCAAUUGUUCAAGCCAAUUUAGGUAUAUUUUUAGAUUUAUCCAUCAAACAGUUUACAAAAGCCUUCGAAACUACAGAAAAUACGGAUUUAUCAAUGAUUAUCUCUUUAUUCCAGAUCAAUUACUUCGGUGCGCCAACCCAAGAGAUCUGCUAUAAUAACAGCAGCUUCUUCAUCGCCGAAAUCGAGAAAUCGAUUGAAAAGCUAGUUCCAGACCUUCAAAAACUUCCAACUGUGAUGAAACAAGUGAAGACAUUCCUGGAUCUGAUACAAAACGACACAAAAACAAAGGAGAGAUUCGUUAAAGUCUUUGGAGAGAAAAUCAUCCUUCCUCUGAUGCCAAAAAUCACUCAGUCAAUCAAAUCCGCUGACAUAUUCAAUUCGAUCUAUCCGAGUGUUACUUUUGAUGGCGAGUUACUCAUCUCUGUUUCUCUGAUCAAGUCAGACUUUUCUCAGCAGUUCAUUGAGUCUGUUUUUGAGGAGAGGCUGGACAAGUUCAUUUCUUCGCUGCAGAAAGAGACGAAAAUCAAGAAACUGUGCGAAACUCUUCUGGAUCUGAUGAAAUUUUUGGAAACAUUCAACAAAAUAAUUUAUUUAGAGAGUUUCAGAGAGUUCUCCAUCCUCAAAACAAAGUCCAAGCUACAAGACGCGAAGUUCAAAGACGUCUUCGGCGGAAUCUGGCCAAUUGCCCUCUCUUUCAUUUUUGAUUCGCUGAUGCAGAGGGGAAACCCGCUCCAGGGAAUGCUGACGACGAAUACAAUCAUCAAAAUGCUGUCAUUCGUCAACGACAAGGACAUCUUCAUGAAGCAGUACGAAAACCACCUUUUCAACAGACUCGCGACGAGAGCAACCAUCGGAAAGGAGAAGGAGAUCGAAGCAAUCAACGCGCUCAAAGUGGCAACAUCAUAUGAGAACCUCAAAAACACUGAGAACUUGCUGAACAACUACGAAGUAUACAUAGAACCUGGAUUUCAGAAGUUCACUUACGUCAUGUUCCCAAAGACUUCCAUUCCAGAGCUCGGCCAUGAGUUCUUUAUCAAGCUUCCGAGCGAAUACUCUGAGAUAAUCACGCAAAUAACUCCGAAUCUGAAGAAGAAAUGGCCCCAGAGACACUUCGACUGGAGGUAUUCGCUCGUUUCCUGUGAGUCCAGACUGAAAACAAAAGCUGGCGUUUCGAACUUGACUAUUUCCCUCGCACAGGCUGCUGUUUUGCAGUGCUUGUGCGACAGCGAUGGUGUUACCUUCGAUACAUUGUCGAGUGUGACGCAGAUUGAUGCGGAAAGACUGAAUAAGAUGAUAAACAAAUUGCUAAAACAGAAAAUAAUCAAGAUUUCUGAUAAAAAUGAUAUUGAGAAGGCGAAGAUAUCUAUUAAUAAUAACUUCCACCAAACAAAGGCAAUAAUUGCUGAUAACUGGAAGAUUGAACCGGCCAAGUUCGAGCAGAUCUCUGAAACGAGAAUGUUGGUGCUACAGUCAAUAACAAUGCGAAUAAUGAAGAUGGUGAAAAUAAUAAAAAUUUCAGUGCUCAAAGAAAAGGUCAUGGAAGAGGUUUCUCUGACAUUUAAAGCAAGGCCUGAGGAUAUAACAAGAUGCUUUAAUGAUCUAACUAUCAAAGGUUUCAUUGAACUUUACGGUGAAGAUAGAUUUAUCUUCAAUAAGUAA